AUGGUGCUCGGAUCCCCCUCUGCCGCUUCCGCAUCCAAACUCGUCUUUCCCACCUCGCAUGAGGCCGACUCGACCUUCAGUGGCGUGACAGACUCCAAUGACCCCAGAGAAACCCACGAGUGUGCAUAUCUUAUAUUGACCUCGUGGUUAGAUAUGCUCAAAGCCGUUCUCGCCGGCGAGGGGCACCUAUUCACCCUAGAAGAGCUGGACUGUUUCAGGGCCUGGGACGGCCUACCUUAUAAUGCGAAGUACUUGUUUUGCCGUUUGUGCCUUCGGAAACGAGACAAAUGGCACAGGCUGAGCGCGCUCAAUUACCACGACGAGCUUGGCUCCACCGAGGCGAUUCUCGGCGGAAUGGACCACCUAUGUUCUCCGCUCGGACAGGAGGACAUCAAGCCCAAAAAAGAGGAUCUAGAUGCGUCCGUGUCAGAAUUGCUACCCACCUUUCAUCUUUCGCAAGAAGACGUAAAGCCGAAGCUUGAGCCCUCAGAGGAGGACGUGAAACCGAAGUUGGAGCCCUCAGAGCCCACUCUUCCCCGAGAGCAGCCGGGGCCAAAGCCGCCUGGGCGGGAAGUUAUCGACCUGACUUUGGACGACGAAGACGAACAGCCGCAGGCGGGUCCUUCUCGCAUGAGUCCUGAGUGCAAGCCAGUACUCCCCGCCCCUGCUCUAUCUCAGACUCCAGAUCUUGUCGACUACUCCGUAUUUGCCGACAACGAAGACCAGGCAGAGCUCGCAGAGCUCAUGGAGUGCUUGAAUGCGCAAGAGCUGGAAGAGCUGGCCAAGGAGACAAAAACCACCGUGCGGACGAAGAAGCGAGAUGUCAUUAUCGACGCCAUUCUGCGCAAGUCGGCCACUCAGACCACUCUCCCAUUCGCCAAAAUCUCCAAGAAAGGGAAGGAGCCCAUGGUCCAGACUCGACUUCCGUGGGGUUCGAAACCGCCCCCAAAGUCCCUUCGUCAGACCCAACUAGCAUUCCGGCCCCCAGGAGACUCGAGAGGUCGACAGCAAGAGCACAUUCGUAUCAUGGUUAUCAAGAAACUCAAGCGCUGCAUUCGCAUCAACCCGCAUGUCGUCGCACUCUUUCACCGCACGAACCUCAUCUACUUCCGGUCAACCAGAUACGACCCAGACUUGCUCGUACCCGCUGUUCUCGCGAUCGCCAAGCGGCGCACGACCCCGGAUAUCUGGCGCACCCGCGAGGAACUCCUCGCAUAUGAAGCCGCGCUAGCGACCGAAGCUGAGGUCGACGUAUUGCUCGGAGACGGUUCCUUUGCUCCAUAUGGCGCAGGAGCCCGUGGGCGGUCGACGGGGAGCAAGACGCCGGCCGUAGGAGACGUCAAGGAGGAGCAGGGAGAGUCGGAUCGCGAGAUCAUGGAGUCGAUAUACCAGACAUGGUGCACCUCGUCGCUGCGCAUGGAGACGAGGCGGCACGGCGGCAGGGUUUGGAGCGUUUCGACUGCGGUCGGACACAUCCUCACACGCGUGAUCUGCAAGGGCACGUACGCCCUAAGCGUGUUGAAGGAGUUUCGAGAGGAAGUCCGGAUACUCCAGGUGCUGUUGGAGCAGACAAGGUGGCGCCGGGCUCGGCGCGGGCGAUGGUACUCGCGGUGCGCGCUUGUGCUCAUGCACCACCUCAAGGAGGACGAAGAAGCGAUGGACAUGGUCAUCGCCGCGCUUCGUGACCCGUAUACGCAUCUCACCGUCAGACCCCAGCUUAUUCCGCCUGAAGAGCGACACAUCUGCGAAGGAAGUCUCGAGACUGCGAAUGCAGUUUACGUGGAGGGCACGCGCAUCAAGCACCGUGCGGGAAGUUUGGUCAUCGAUCAGGGACGGGUUGUGAACGAGGUCAGCCAGCUCUCAUGGAAAAACCGCACUCUUGCCAGUCCGGCGAAGAAGACGGAGGUCGGUUGGUGCCCGCAGGAGAAGCCAGCGAAGGGCGUCAGAUCGAUCUGGAAAGGUCGUGACGACGAAGAAGUCAACGUCGAGACUUUCGCUCUGCAGUACUACGAAGCCCAAGGUUGUCGCGGCUUUCACUGCGAAGGUCGGAUUGUCACCACGCUGUUCGGAUUGCUCUUCUGGGACGUGCUCUUCGCUCCGGUGGCUGGAGCGUUCGAGACGCUCUACCAGGCGGCCCCGUUGGACCUCCCCGAAGACACCUUCUUUGAGUCGCGCCAGGAUAUCGCGGAUGCACAGGAAGCGGUGGAGGUGCUGGAGAAGGCGUAUGACGAGCACAAGGACGUGAUAUGCCAAGGCGUGCGAUGGGAUCUGUUCACGAAGGAGGACUUGCUGGGGAUCGUUCGGUGCAUUCAACCGAAGGCGCUGAGCACCAUCUGUUGCGUCAUGUGUGAGGAUUACACCUCUCGUACGGGUGGAGUGCCGGACCUCAUUGUGUGGCACGAGGAGGAGGGCUGGGCGCGUUUUGUCGAAGUCAAAGGUCCCGGCGAUACCCUGCAGGAGAACCAGAAGGUACGUGCUCCUACAGGCCGGAAUGCCCGUGGACCUCUGCCACGUCCACGAGCCCGGCGAGCAGCCCAAAGGCAAAGGAAAGGGCAGCACCAAGACGCCCAAGAAAGAGAAGACAGAAGGCGCCGGACGGAAGCGCAAGCGCGAUUCACCGAAGCGCAAUCUCUCCGACAUCGAGUCCGAAGACGAAGUUGA